AAGACCCACAUCUUCUCUGCCAAGGAAAGUACUAAAUAAGACUUAAUCUUAGUUAGCCUUAUAUUAACAGGAAACGCUUAUGUGCCCAUAUUAGUGACUGUUAAGUAGCAAAGCCCUUUUCGGCAUGUCACCUCGGUACGGACUGUAGUAGGAAAAGAAAAUAAUUUAUUGCCUACGGCCAUUGGGGGGAACUACCGUAGUCUAUGCGAUACGUUUUACAGCGUAGUCAAGGUCAUCGGCCAUCUGGUAGCAUGACGUCAUACGAUUGCUGAAACAGCUUCGUAAUAAGGAGGCAGCCGAUAGAUACUUCGCUUAGUGAUCAACAGCAGUCGCUUCGGGACGCUUGUAGCCUACGACACUUACAAGCAAUAGGCCUUCCGUAAACAACUAGACAGAGUUUUGUUAAUAUUAAUCUCCCGAACUGUGAAGACCACCUGGAAAGACACACACAGCUAUGGGGAGAUAGGAAUCACACUCAAAUACCCUAUCCAUGUUGUUAUGUUCUGCUAAACACUACUAAGAAUCUCAUUUUCUAUUCCUGUGAUCAAUUGUUUCUUAGUUCCUUACUACACCUUAUAUUGUUUGAAUUGUACUUAAGCCUCAGGCUCCAGUAGUGUUGUUGAGAUAUUUAUUUUGGUGAGCUUAGGGGACCAAGAUGUUUUAUUAGAUAUACUUAUAAAACAAACAAGUUUUUUCUCUCUGAUUAGUUUGGUUGUGAUUACUAUAACUUUUAUUUUGUUGAUUUUCAACUCUAGUUUGUGGGAUAAUCAUUGCCAACAGUACAGUACUUAAAUACAACAUUCCAAGACAAUAAGUAGCCAAUAUGUUUGCCAGAGCCAAUGGUCCUGUCAGUGGAAAACAUGGUCCUCUAGUUGGUGCCGUGGACCAAGGAACCUCAUCCACUCGUUUUCUAGUUUUUGCAGCUGGCACUGGGGAAGUAUUAACUUACCACCAAGAAGAAGUAGCUCAGAUCUAUCCAGAAUCUGGUUGGGUAGAGCAGGAUGCAAAAGCUCUUUUGAAAUCUGCAUUGACAUGUAUAGAAAAGACAGUUGAAAACCUCAGAACGUUAGAAAUUGACCCUGCUGAUAUCAAAGCUGUUGGCAUCACCAAUCAACGAGAAACGACAAUAGUAUGGGAUAAGACAACUGGUGAACCCCUUGCAAAUGCUAUCGUGUGGUUGGAUGCUCGUACAGCAACAACAGUAGAGGAGAUACUUAAAGAAACUCCUGGCCAAAACAAAGACUAUGUGAAAGACAUUUGUGGUCUACCUAUUACCACCUACUUCUCAGCGCUUAAACUUCGUUGGCUGCUGGAUAACGAUAAAGAAGUUCAAGAAGUGGCUGCAAAAGGAAAUUUAUUAUUUGGCACAGUUGACACAUGGUUGUUAUGGAUUUCCACUUUAAAAUGGGACCCUAAUUUGUGCAAGUUUUUCAAGAUUCCAAUGUCAGUACUUCCAGAGAUUAGAAGCAGCUCUGAAAUUUAUGGCUACAUAACAAAAGGACCGCUUUUAGGUGUUCCUAUAUCUGGCGUUUUAGGAGAUCAGCAAGCAGCUUUGGUGGGACAGAUGUGUUUGUCACGUGGUCAGGCAAAAAACACUUAUGGUACUGGAUGUUUCCUCCUCUAUAACACUGGAACUCAGAUUGUGCAGAGUGAACAUGGUCUUCUUACUACUGUUGGAUAUAAACUUGGGAAAAAUGCACCUACAAUAUAUGCCUUAGAAGGAUCUGUUGCCAUUGCUGGUGCUGCUGUCCGAUGGCUGAGAGACAACCUGAACAUCAUUAAGUCAUCUGCUGAUAUUGAGCCUUUAGCUAAAACUGUUAAAGAUUCGGGAGGAGUAUAUUUUGUUCCAGCGUUCUCUGGACUUUACGCUCCAUAUUGGCGCACUGAUGCACGUGGGACUAUUUGUGGGCUAACUCAAGGUAGUACAGGAGCUCACUUAGCAAGGGCCGUCCUAGAAGCCGUAUGUUUUCAGACCCGAGAAAUAUUAGACUCCAUGCAGAAAGAUUCAGGAAUAAUUUUAAAUAAAUUACAAGUUGAUGGAGGUAUGACCAGCAACAACACAUUACUUCAGUUACAAGCUGAUUUAGCAGGAGUGCCUGUGGCACGUCCAAGCAUGACAGAAACUACUGCUCUUGGAGCAGCAAUGGCUGCUGGUGCAGCAGAGGGGAUUGCUGUGUGGGACUUGUCAAAACUCACCCCACUUACUACAGAUGACUUUGUUCCCACCAUAUUGCCUGAAGAACGGGAGGAUCGUUACGAACGAUGGUGUAUGGCAGUAGAGCGAUGUAUGGGCUGGGAGCUACCUCGUGAUAAACAGCCAGGACCAGACUUUGAAUACCGAUUAUUGUCAUCAGUUCCUCCUGGCCUUUUUCUGCUGUCAUCAUUUUUCAUAUUAAUGGCAGCCAACUUUCUCCAGAUGUCUUCGUGACACGAUGAUGUUCUAGUCAGUUGUUAUUUUGGGCAGCAGCCAGUGUGAUAUGUGGCUGUGGAGUAAUGGAGUAGAUUCUCAAUAGGUGCUUUUGGUAUUUCAUUUGUUUGAUAUGGUAAAGACACCACUUGUGGAAUGAAUGUAGUGAUCAAGUUGACUGAUAUGUGUAUAUAUAAAAGUCUGUACAUAGUCUCUGGAAUUUUAAUAACUUAGGUGAUUUUCUAAAUCAGUCUGGUUAUAAUAAUGGCAUGAAGUACUUUGUGCGUCUCAUUAAUUUUUUUUUUUUUUUUUUUUUGUACAAACUUUUAGUAAAAUUCUUUAGUGUCAGGUGUUAUCGAUCCAGAUAAGUGACAUAACAUUUGAAGUAGUAAUGUAAAAGUUGUCUCAUAAAGUGUGAACAUAAUAUUUAUCAGAACACUGGGAUGUACCAUUUAUAAUGUGGUUUUUCUGUGCUGUGGAUUGGAAUACAGCACAAUGGAUAUCACAUUGUUACUGAAGUGGUGAUAUUUAAUUUAUUUAUUGUGUGGGACUUACAGUGUUAUAAGAGGUACUACUUUUCAAUAAGUGAUUAUGGUGAAUAUAAGUAAUCUGUUCAUAUUUCUAAUUACUAAAAACAAUUUUUAAAAAGAAGGUUGUAUCAAGAAUGUGCUCUUUUGUUUUUCUGUGGUUUUUAACAAAUUGUUCAUUUUUGUUUGUGCUUAACAGAGAUUAAAAAUGGGCCCAGUAUUUUUAUAAUAAUAUCAAACAUUAUACCUCAACAUUGGAAUUGUUAAUGUUUGUACUGAUUUGCAUAAUCAGUAUGUUUGUGUAUCUAGAAUGUAAUAUUUUCAAAAUCCUAAGAUGUACUUUUAAUGUUGAAUGCAGUAUUGAUUUGCUUUUUUUUUUUUUUUUUUUUUUUUUAUACAGAUUCAGUGUAUAAAACUGAGUGAAUUUAUGAAAUCCUUUAUACAAUAUUAAUUCAUCUUUUAUCCAUUUGCUAAGUAUGUGACAGUGAAUGUGUGAUAUAUGAAGUCCAUAAUACAAUAUUAAUUCAUUUUCAGUAAAUACAAUACAGUACUCAUGUAUUUUCUCUGAAAAGGUAUGUCAGAAAAGCAUAUAUCUUAAAUUCAUUGCCACCCAUCAGAACCCUGAACUGCAGAUCACAAGUAUUAUUUUGAAUUUGAUGUUCUACUAUGUGUAAGGCUGGGAGGGAUAUUGUAGUAUUUGCCUGUCAGUUUUUUAAGUACAGUUCUCAGGAUAUUCCGUGAUGUAUAGUUACGCUACCUUUCUUUGCCAUUCUUUCUGUUCCAAAGUUUAUGUUGAUUGGUAAACAUAUUGCAAACCCUAUCUGGUGUUAUGUUUGGUAGAGAUUUAAAGAUCUUUUGCGAUAAAGAUUUAAUUUGUGAGAAAAAUAACUUUUUCUAUUUUGGCAGUGAUUCACUAUGUAAAUAUUUUUUUAUUUAGAUCUUGUCUCCAGUGCAGACUUUAGUGGCAUUGCAUAGUAUCUAGCACUUUAAAGACACUUGAAAGUUAUUCCCUAUUCUCUAUGCAGCUCAUUGUUUGAGAGGGUAGUAAAGUAAAUCUGAUAUUAGGGCAGUUGAUCUAAUUGCACUUACAAAGAAUUUUAUUUUAAACUCUCUCUCUCUCUCUCUCUCUCUCUCUCUCUCUCUCUCUCUCUCUCUCUCUCUCUCUCUCUCUCUCUCUCUCUCUCUCUCAGAUUUAUUGCCUGUAUAUCUCAGAGAAGCCCUUUUUCUCAUUUCUUGCCUGUGCCUCUCAUAGCUCAAUGUUUUGGGUGUAAGUGAACUGGGGUUGCAUAAUACAUACUCGUUAUCCUGAUUUGUCAGGGCCUCAUCCCCAAAUGAUUAACUGUUUGUGAUGUCUGGCAAAAGCUUCUCUUUCAAGUUCCUGCUCAAUGUUACUUUCAUUUGAUGUAAUGUAGAGAGACCGGCACUUGGAAGUGGUGGGUAUCAAAUAAUGAAUAUUACCUUUCACAACGAUUUUUUUGAUUGGGUAAACAUCUAAGAAGAGUUAUUAAAAAGGGACAGAUGUGUCCUUAUAUGCACAUAGAUAUGCAUAUCAGCACUCUUUAAACAGUUUGCUGAUAAUUAUGUUAAAACAGUAUGUAUUUUUUAUUGGCAUUUGGGGAUGAAGAAGAAAAGCUAUUAAGUUUUCAGGGUUGCAAAAUAUUGAGUAAAGUAUGUGUGAGAGAUAGGAAUUUUAACUCCUAGUUCUGGGCAAAGUAUCUCAUUGUAAUAAUAAUAAUAAAAGAAAAUUGCUGUGGUUGGCAUACAUUAGGUUUUUUUAGAUUUAAAGGUGUGUCAGAGAGAUCAAGUUGUUAUUUUAAAAAAUAUUGCAGGUUAGGGUUUAUCUGAGAGAACAUGAUUGUUUCAGAUAAAUAAUUUAAAUACACUGUUUAUUAUCAUAAUCCCAUCAAUCAUGUACUACAUGCCCACAGUCAUGGUUGCAAAUAUCCAUCUGCAAUAGUACCCAACAAUCUCUUUUGUACUAAACAGUAGAGGAAUGGUAGUCUCUCAAUGCAUGCACCAUUUAUACCCUCGGGUAUGUGUGAUAGACAAAACACUGUUGAAUACAGGGACAUUUGAGACUGAUAUAUCAAAGUAAAAAUAUGGGAUUGAUGGGUUGCUUUUAAAGUUGGUUUUGCCUUAUACAAAUUUAAUUUCCUGUUUUCUAUUUUGUUUUCAGAUUCAGUCCUAGUACCUGAAAAUGUGUUUUAAGUUUUAUUUCAAAUCCUUAAAGCUAGCUACAGUUUAUAAGAAUUUGAUAUUCAAUUGUGUAGCUGCUAAACUAUGAAUUAGUCAUCAUACGCCACUUCUUGAUUUCAGAAAUUUACUGUUCAUAUUCACCAAAAAUGUGGAACUACAUGGAUCAUAGAAUGAACUUAUUAACUUCUCAAUCGUCCCUCUCUCUUUUUUUUUUUUUAUAAUGCUGAAAUCUUUGUCUUUUGGAAUGCUUUACAACAUUCAAGAAUUUAUUCUGCAAUUUAAAUUUAUAUUACUAUAGUACCAGUAAAAUUAACUUAUGUUUAGAAAUUUCUGUCACCCUCCCUUAUCCAUUCCUUUUUAGUUUGUCCCUUCACUUUAAGGUUCUCCUGUGAUGAGGAAAAUGGCCAUGAACUAAUCCCCGCUACCAAAAGUAUCUGUCUAGUAAAGUUAAUUUAAUUUACUAAAGUUUUUAUAGAGACUUUUAUUUACUAGUACAUAUUAUUGAUAUUAGUUUUUCAGUUGCUUCAGUUCUAUUUACUGUAUUUUAUUUAAGCAGGCUAGCCAAUAAAUGAAGAAAGAAAUCAGAAAAACAUUAAUACUACUUCCAUGUUUUUUUAUAAGUAUGGCAUAUAAUAAUAAGAAUGUGAAUACAAAGCAUUACACAUAUAAAAGUUAUUUGUUUCAUAGUACCGGGGAAUAUUCGAAAACCACUCCUACAAACCAAAGCAUGUGUAUUUGACCAGUAGAUAUAUGGUGUGUUAAAAUACACUACUGCAGAUGGCAACAUAUAAUAUUGAAAAAAUGCACGAAGAUUGAUUGAUACCAAUUGAAACUAAAUUGCCAAGAUUAACGUGGAGCUAGUAGUCUCAAAACCUUGUUCCAAGUAGCAUUGUAAGACAUCUGCCCACUUUUGUAUUUGAACAGUUUGAAUUUUGUAUGAUUUUUUAUGGUACAAUUUAAAAUGAAAUUUUUUGCAAGCUAAUGAUAUUAAGAAGGUAAUUUAAUUUUUGAAGGUACCAAUUACAAGGUCGUUAUACCAUAUCGGUUCCAUUCAUGUAGUGACUAGUAGUACUAUAGGAGAAAUAUGUAUUUAAUUUUUUUUAACUGUAAAACGGAGAAGGAUCACAAUGAGGAUUUUGGAAUGAAAUUGAUGUAGUUGAUGUUCAUGGAUCAUAAUAUGUAUAAAUGCUAUAGUCAUAUUCCAGCAAUUAAAAAUUUUUACCUCAAACCCAACUGGCACAUUUAGGUUUUGAAUAUUUUCAGAGUCCAAUGAGAUACAAUUAUGUAUAAAAGAUUUUAACUAAUUAGUCUUGUUAAAUUAUGCUACAGUAAUUUUAACCUUGGUGAUCUAGAUCUUGCCCACAUUAACAAUGGUCUUUUUAUAGCCCAAUAUGAUCUCUGUUUGAAAGGAUGUUGUGUACAUAAACUAACAAAUUUCUUGCUGUUUGUUCAUGGGCCUCAUUAUGACCGGUUAACACUCACCUGACCCCUCCCUAUCUCUCUGUCUUGUGUCAUCUCAGUCAUGUCUUGUGUAUCUUUAAUGUGCAGUGCAUGAAGACUCAGCAGAUUUUUUCAUCAUCUGCCGACUCCCACUGAUCUUCGUCCUUCCACCAUACCUUCCAUUUCUAGUCAUGGUAUUUUAGCUUCCAUGUGUGCUUCUUGACCUGUUCAUUACAGCAUUUAGGAUUUAAUGAAAUUUCAGUUUAUUGGUUGUUUUAUUAUUUCUCCAAGUUCAUAGUCAAGAUCCCUUUACUAUGACCCUUUUUAUAUUAAGCAUAUGUAGUUGCUAAUGCUCUUGAUGUUAUGGCCUCAGUUAUAAGUAGCAUUUCUGUUCUAGGCGCUUUGUAAGAAAUUGUCUCACUUCUAUAUAAUCCUGUCAGAGACUGUGUGGUACUCAUUUAGGUGGCUGUAGAUAAUCUCUUCGUGACUGGAUGCAAACUGUCUAACACCUGUUUCUAGAGAAGAUUCUAAUUUGUAGCUCCUUUUCCGUGCCAUGCUUGGAUAUUAAUAUUCUUUCUAAGAAUUCAGUUUCAAAUCCUUGCUUAGUACUGUAAGGCAGUCCCCAGUUAUCUACCGUGUCAACAUUGUCAAUUAUCAGCGAUCUGGUUUCAUGGAACUUGUCUAGUGCUGAAAAUCAGUGACACCGAAAUGCACUGAUUUCUGGUUAUCAGUGCCAAUAAUCAGGUAUUGUCGCUGAUACAUACCUAACAGAGAUGCCAUCAACUGGUUAUUGGCGCUCAUAAGCCCCGAUGAUUUUCGGUUAUCAGCAAUUUUCGUUUAUGGUCAAGUUGCGAGAAUGGAACCCAUGCCAAUAACUGGGGACUGCCUUACAUGCAUUUCCCAAGUUUUUUUUAUAUAUUUGUUGCACUUGUUGACAUCUCUUGUCAUCUUCAUUUUUUUUUUUUUUUUAAUCCAAUUCUAGAUGUUGCUUCUCUUGAUUCUUGGUACAACAUGGAUUCAAUAUUAUGUGUAAGUUAUCAUUAGUUUAUGCCUACAUCUCCUGUAGAGACCUAUAUUUUUUUUUUUUUUUUUUCUAAACUAAGCACACUUUUGCACCUAUUUGACGCUAUGCUUUCCUUUAUUAAGGCCAUAUUAAAUGACUUGAAGGACAAUAGGCAUCUUGUCUGUAACCUCUUGAUCUACUGUACACAUCAGAGCAUUCUAUUUUAUUUUUUUUUUAAUCUGAAUACAACUGAUAUUUUUUUGUCAUUCUAAAGAUUUAUGUGUCUGAUGGCAUACUAAACUCUGAUACCUGUAUUGUAUUUUAUAAGAAGGGUUGAAGACAAUAAAAAUUGUAAGAUUCUCUCUUUUGCUGAGGAAGCAUUGGGUUCUGUGGAUAUUAUUAAUAUGAGUUACUAAAUCAAAAUGCUUUAACCAUACAUAUUAAGUAAAUUUAAAAGUGUUAAACAUUAUCCUGAAAUACUGUGUUCCCUGCCAUAUAAGACACACUUUUCCAAAAAAUUCCUUCAAAAAAUCACCCUGUAUCUAAUAUCCCGAGGGUAAGAUUUGGUAGGUGUAGGAGUGAAGGUUACCAGUACUGCACUAACACCUAAACACCAUGUUAAUGAGUUAUUAGAUAAUGAUUACAAAUAAAAAUAAUUUUAAAUUAACAUAGAAACUAAUUGCAGAGCAAAUCAUUCAAUGGCUGUACAUUAUUUCUCAACAUUUUAUGGCCUAUCUAGCUACCGCAGCAUUUUAUUCUUUAUUUCAUAGUAUGGAUGACUCAUCAGUUGAAUAUUAAAAAAAAUUAAUGUAAAAUCUGCUAGAUUACUGUCUUGAUGUUGUAGAUAUGAGACAACCAUUUCAAUUACGGUGUAACAUUGUACACAGACAAAUCAUGGCAUCGUUGUCGGCCUUGUUGAUACAUGAAUUGUCACUGGUAAACAGUAAUACCAGUAAAACCUUGUUGUGGUGGUUAGAUUAAUUCAUUUAUAUAUUGUUAAGGUAAUGAAUAGCCUUAGGCUCGAGCCAUAGUCUUAAUUUGUAACAAGACAGGGGCAGCAUUACCUGGUACUGGUAAUGCUUGGUGCACUUACCAUGAAGUGUGGAUGUGUACAUGCAGUCUGAGCACUGCAGGUAGUGAAUGACCACACCAACCAAUGGUUCCCUUUAGGGAAAAUGUGGUUUUUUUUAUUUUUCCAAAAUGUUUUGCCAAAUGUACAUCUUCCUUACACUGUGGUGUCUUAUAUGGUGGGAAAUGUGGGUACUACCAUUUUAUGUUGCCAGCUCUACUCAUAAAUGAUUCUUUAGAACAAAAAUUAAAUUGUAAAUGCUGAAAUGAAUUAGGUCCUUGUAUGAUAACUGUAUGUAAAUGAUGGUUAUUCCUGUAUUAUAGUAUUCGUUAAAGGAAUUUUAUAUUGAAAUUAUUUGUAAAUUUUGCACUAACGUGUAUCUUCUUUGUAGAUGGCAUUUUCACUGAUGUACAAAUUAAUUCUUUAUAAAAAUAGGCUUUAAAAGCAUA